UAUUUCUAGACCAGAAAAUAAAUAGGGGAUUUCCCAACUAGUUUUGCCGGUGUGAAAAGUAUUUAAGCCCCAGUUGCUUUCUAAUCAAAAAAUUAUAUCUCGUCGUAUAUAUAUGCAUUGUAGAUAAAAUUAAAGAUGCCGUGCUUGACAUGUAUAAUCUGUUCAGAAGUUUAUAAAAACUCAGAUACAUUAUAUUCCACAUCUUGUGGACAUAUAUUCCAUUAUUCGUGCAUGCAACAAUGGCGCAGCCGGACGUCAACCUGUCCGCAAUGUAGAGAAAUGAAUCCGGAUGUUCAUAGAAUAUAUUUGGAUUUCGAUGAAACGGAAAACGAAGUCAAAUUAAAUGAAAUGAAAGCAGAGUUCGAAUUGACGGAGAAAUCAAGAAGUGAAAUACAAAUGCAUUUAGAUGAAACUGAAAGGAAUUUUCUAAACCUACAAAAUAUGCUUUCUGAAGCUGAGGAAAAAAUACUUGAUCUCCAAACUUCAAAUGACUGUUUAAAAGUGCAGAAUGACAGCAGAGAACAAUUAAUUCAACAAACAGUAGUUGAAUAUAACAUAAAGACGGCAGAAGAAACGGAAUUGUUAACCGUUAAAAUAAGUAGCUUGGAAGAUAGAAUUACGGAAGUAUUGUUGGAAAAGGAACAUAAAUUUGAAGAAUGCUUGAAAUUUAGUCAAGAAAAUAAUAAGUUGCGCGAGCUAUUGAAUCGGAACGAAAAACUUUAUGAAAUUAGUCGCAAACAGUUUGAAGCAGUAGAAUUGGGACUUCGAGUACAAAUAGAGCAUUUGAAUAAAGAAAUAACUGCAAAAAAUACUUUAAUAGAAGAACAGAUGAAGAUGAAUGACGAAUUUCGGAGCGAUGAUAAAAAUUCACCAAAAUAUUCAGAUUAUCAUGAAAUUCAAGAAAAUAGCAUUAAAUCAUCCGAAAUGAUGCUGCAUAAGUUAAAAUUAGAGAUGGAGCUAGAUAAAAGUUUGGAUAAAAUAUUAGAAUUGGAGGAGAACCAUAGAAGAGAUAUGGAUAUCUUAAAUUUUGAAAUUGAAAGCUUAAAAGCGGAUAAUGAAAGGAAAGACAAGGAAAUACAAAAUAGAAAGGAAGAACAUGCUAAAAUUAUAAAUAACCUUAGUUCGUUAUGCAACAGAACAGCAGAAAUUUCACUUCGUCAGCGAAACCAAGCCUUAAGUAAAAAAUUGGAAGAUGCGCACUGUAAACUUGAAAAUGCAAUUAAACGUAUAGCAGAGAAGGAUAUCGCAAUUUUGAAGUUAACACAAUCAAAAAAUGCGCUUGUUAGGAAACUGGAAGAGGAAAAUUUCAGUGCAGAAAAUAAACUCAAAAACGAUGCUCACGUAGAUGCAAAAGUGUUACCAUCAAUUGGUUCCGGACAACGUCAGAAUAUUACUGUGGCGAAUAACGUUAAGUCAAAAGUUGGCGAUACCACAAGUGUAGUAAUUAAAGGAAUACCUGAAAGUGAUAUUAAAACUCCUUUGAUUGACACAAUUUUAAUGUAUACGGAAAUUAUGAAUAUUCCUUGCUCAAAUGUGGAUAUUACAGAUGUAUUUAGACUGAACAAGAAUUUUAAACACAAAAAUACUUCUUUAGUCGUUACGUUUUCAACUCUUAAUAUGAAAGUUAAAUUUUUGGAUCAGAAAGAUAAACUGAAACUGAAAGGGAUUCAGGCUUCAGGAUAUGUAGAUACUGAAACAAACCAGAUUUUCCAUUACGCCAAGGUUUUAAAGACCGUUGGAUAUCAACAAGUUUUUUGUAAAAAUAACACCGUGUUUGUUAAGCGCAAUUUUAAAGCGCCUGCCAUAGAAAUUAAAAGUAAAGAAGCAGUGGACAACAUGAUGAAAAAUUCCAAUGAUAAUAAAAACGAUAAAAAUAAAAAUGGUGAAAAAAUAUUAAAAGAGCCACAAUAUAUUAACAAACUAGAGGAUAUUGGGGCUGAAGAAUGUGAUGAUGAAUUUUACCGAAAAAGAUUGUAAGCGCAUGUUAAUACAAACAUGCACACUUCUAUAGAUAUGUCUGUGCAUGCAAAUGUUAGUUUCUAAUACUGACAUCUGUGAUAUGUAUUAACAUUGUUUUUUUUUUUUUUUGAAAUUUAAUAAAAUGUGCCAAAAUUCAAACAGACAAUACUUCCCCUUAUAAUAUAUGUACAUAUGUGAAAUUUUUACGUCAACAUUCACAUGUAUAUAAAAUAUGUAAAAAAUAAUUUGAAUAUUUUUAAAAGACAUUUUGUUCGAUUACUGUUAAAAUAUACAUUCUUAACAUGAUUCCAUAAUGAAAAGGUUUGUAAAUAAACAGUUUUCUCACUCCCUCUUGUCAAAAAGGCUGCCUUACUGAACAACAUGAACGCUUCUCUGUAGAAAAAAAAAACUUUUUUUUUCAGAAUAAAUUUUUAAAAAGUUGCUAAAUAAUUUAUUUUUUAUAAAAACAUGGUAGAUAUCACAUAGGGCGAGCUCCAAGAAGUCAAUUGCAAAGCAACCAUACAUUGUCACGCUUUCAGAAAUGCAACGAUGUAUCAUGUUCCAAAAUGCAUUGGUAAAGUUAUUGAUGCGCAAACCAAAGCAAACUGCGAUCGCUAAGUCAUUUCACCGAAAAGCAACUUAUUUGCACGAUGUCAGAGUUUGCAAAGUAUUGUUGCAAGGCAAAUUUAUAGAAUGCAGGGUUGCACUGUAAUGAUGCGUUUCAAACGAUUGUACGAUUUGCUGACCAAUGGAGGGAAGGGGGAACCACAGCUUAAACAAACGACAAAAUUUACGAAAAGCACAAAGAAGAAUGACAAAAGAAAUCAAUUCGUUAUAGCAAAUAAUUUGAUUAAAUGAGUUGCAAAGUGGAAUGUAUCACAAACUUUACCAAAUCAAAACCAUGUUUUGGUUUCCACUUUCAAAACUACGCAGCAUAACUCUUCGAACUGUAGAGGAGCUCCAAACGAAAUAAUCGUGCCGCGCUCCUGGGCUAUUAGAAUUCACCGCCAAAAUCUUAAUAUAAUAUACAAAUACAAUAUAACGAACUGUGUUAAUGCAAAAA